AUGAGAAAUCUAAACAAAGUAAUUAAAAUUUCUUAUGUGCAAGGAGGAAAUUUAGAGGAGGAACUUAACAAAUUCCUAACAGCGUAUCGUACAACACCUCAUGGGACUACUGGAAAAGCCCCAGAUGAGAUGUUAUUCAAGAGACGUCUUCGCACAAAGAUACCUGAAUUGGUUCCUUUUGAUAAAUGUGAUGAAGAAGUACGUGAUAGGGAUGCAGUUCUCAAACAGAAAGGAAAGGAACAUGCGGAUGACAAGAAGAAUGCAAAAUAUCCUGACUUCAAAGUUAAUGAUAAAGUUCUACUGCAGCAGCGUAAAACGUGUAAGACAACAACUAUGUAUGAACAUGAUCCUUACGAAAUUGUUUAUGUGAAUGGUUCACAAGUGACAAUCAAAUCAGGUGAAAAUGUUUGCUACAAAUGCAAUUCUUCACACGUUAGAAAAUUUGAAGAAUCAGAUUUACCAUCGGGAAAUGAACAUAUUGACGAGUCAGAACAUUUCAAAGAACCGGACACUAAUGAACAAGUGAUAGAUAAUUCGUUGGUCAUUGCUGAACCAAGACGUUCAUCCAGAAGUACAAAAGGAAGAGCUCCAGAGAGACUUGAUUUAUGA